AUGACUGCUUCGAAAGACCUUCCACCAGAUACCACACCGUACUACUACCUUAAGAUCUUCCUGAAGUCCCAGCUGUGCACUAAGGCCCAAUUGCCGCCGAAAAAUACCACUCUUAUUGAUAAAGUCGCUAUCGUGACGGGAGCCAAUACCGGCUUGGGCUUGGAAAGCUCUCGCCAACUCCUAUCAUACAAUCUCUCCCUUCUAAUAAUCGCCGUUCGCUCAGUCGCAAAAGGCGAAAUAGCAGCAGCUACACUCCGGAAGGAGUAUCCAAUAGCUACCAUCGAAGUCUGGAAUCUCGACAUGAGCUCAUACGAUUCCAUUCGAGCCUUUGUUCGCCGCACCGAAACCCAGCUAUCUCGUCUCGACAUAGUCAUUCUCAAUGCCGGAUUGCAAAAUAUGCAAUUUGGAGUUGUUCCUAGUACCGGCCAUGAGGAGACCAUUCAGGUGAAUUACCUAUCAACGGUACUUCUCUCUAUUCUUCUUCUCCCUGUUCUCAAGAACAAGUCAACAGUUGGUACACCUGGCCGACUUAGCAUUGUCAGUUCGGGCACUGCUCUCUUCGCUAGAUUCCCACACAGAAAGUUCUCUCUACUUCUCCCCUCGUACGACGACCCGAAGAACUUCGACUUGAUCGAGCAGUAUAGCGCAUCCAAACUGCUCGGGCACAUGUUCAUGUGGAAGCUUGCCGACUACGUAUCUGCGGAUGACGUCGUGGUGAAUCUGGUGGACCCAGGCUUUACCAAGGGCACCCAGCUUCAGCGUGACGUUUCUGGUGUUGUAUCUUUGGCCAUGUCUCUUGCGAAGGUGAUUACGGCUCGGACUGUCCGGGAUGGAGCUUCUACAUAUGUAGACGCUACAGUGGUAAAGGGCAAGGAGUCCCACGGGUGUUUUGUUAUGGACUGGCAGAUACGACCGUAA